CACUCAUGUCCUUGGGGUUCAGAUAGCACUUGAAACAGAAUUGACUAUGGACCCUGGUUUGAAUUCACUCGCCAACCGAUUCCCUUCCAUUCCGGACGGUUCGUUUCUUCCUCCCUCCGCUUCGCCGCUUCCCACUUCCCACCCACACCACGCCGCCGCCCACCAUGGCGACCCCAUCGCACGUCGUCCCGCUCCGCGCGCUGCUCAUCGGACUUCCCCUCCUCUCCCUCCUCAUCGUAUUCCAGCUCCUCCACCGCCCGGCGCCACUGCCCACGCCGCUCCGGACCCACGCCCACGCGCAGCCCUCCUCGGCGGCCGCCGCGGAGGCCGAGGAGGCGCUGGUGAAUUCCCCUUCGUCCCUAUCCUCCUCGUCCUCAACCACGCCGGCCCGGGAGUCACAGCUCCGAUCGGAGCCGACAUCCCUGCGCCACGUGGUGUUCGGCAUCGCCUCCUCCAGCCGCACGCUGCCGCUCCGGCUCCCGCUCCUCCGCCUCUGGCUGCGCGCCCCCGCACGCGCCUUCCUCUUCCUCGACGCGCCCGCGCCCGCGCCCGUCGUCGCGGGGGGCCUCCCGCGCGGCCUCGCGCUCCGCGUCUCCGCCGACGCGUCCCGCUUCCCCUACACGCACCCGCGGGGCCUCCCCUCGGCCGUCCGCGUCGCGCGCAUCGCCGGGGAGCUCGUCGCCGCGCUCCGCCAGGAGGAGGAGGAGGGCCGCCGCGCGCCACCGCGGUGGCUCGUGCUCGCCGACGACGACACCGCCUUCGUGCUCCCGAACCUGCUCCGCGCCCUCCGUGGGUACGACCACCGCGAGCCGUGGUACCUCGGCGCGCGCUCCGAGUCCGCGGCGCAGAACGCCUGGCACGGCUUCGCCAUGGCCUACGGCGGCGCCGGCAUCGCCGUCAGCUGGCCGCUCGCGCGCCGCCUCGCCCGCGCGCUCGACUCCUGCGUCCUCAGGUACCCGCACCUCUACGGCAGCGACGCCAGGAUCUACGCCUGCCUCGCCGAGCUCGGCGUUGAGCUCACCCACGAGCCAGGAUUCCACCAGAUCGACCUUCAUGGGGACAUUUCUGGCCUGCUAAGAGCACAUCCACUUUCUCCUUUAGUUUCACUGCACCAUCUUGAUCAUGUGUAUCCUCUUUACCCUGGAAUGGACCGGACAAGAGCAAUGAAACAUUUCUUCCGAGCUGCUAAUGCUGAUCCAGCCAGGAUCCUGCAACAAACAGUGUGCUAUGACCGUAAAAGAUCGCUUACAGUAUCAAUCGCAUGGGGCUACUCAGUUCAGGUGUUCAAAGGCAACGUUCUGCUUCCUGACCUCCUUGCUGUACAGAAAACAUUUGUGCCAUGGAAAAGGGGCCGCAAUGUUACAGAUGUCUAUAUGUUUAACACCAAACAUGUUCCCAGAGAUGAGUGCAAGAGAGGAGCUCUGUUCUUCCUGAAAAGCAUUUCUUCGGGGGAAGGCAAGACAGAAACCACUUACAAUAGGCAGCCACCAAGAAAAUGCUCGCAUGACUUGAUGCCAUUGAGGAAUCUAAGUAUGAUAAAAGUGACAGCAGAACAACUGCGACUGGUUCCUGGGAAGGCCUUAAGACGACAUUGUUGUGACAUCUUACCUUCUCCAUCUGAUACCACCAUGGAUAUUAACAUCAGAAAAUGCAAAGAUGAUGAGUUGAUCGCUAUGCAUUCAUAGUCAUUCUUCAGCCAAAUUGGAUGCUCAUCUACUGUAGUUAUCAUCCACCCCAACUUGUGUCCUGACACCGAGGAAUGCUUUGUGAAGAAUCGUCAUGGAUAAACACUAGACCCAUAGCAUAGAGACAGACAGAAACAGCGAAGAAAUACAGAUAGAUACCGUCUUUUUUUUUUUGAAAAACCCAUAGAUACACAGUCUAGACAGAGGUACGAUCAAUUAACAUCUUUAUUCUUUCAAAUAGCAGAGUGGGGCAUCAUCAUUUGAUCGUUCCAUAGUCUGACUUGUAACAUUAAAUAGUCAUAUUUUUUGCCAGACAACGCUGCAACUAAUACAGCUUAUGCAAAUCACUUUUUUUU